AUGGAAAGUGAAGACUCCUUUGAAAUGAUGAAGCGACUGAUGCUCGAAAGAAGAAGCGUCAGGAAAUAUCUCAACAAGGAAAUCCCUAUUGAGGAAUUGAAGGAAGUGAUCUCCCUGGCGCAGAGAGCCCCUUCCUCCAUGAAUACCCAACCCUUUAAGGUUAUUGUCGUGCAUACACCCGAAGACAAGGCAAAACUCGGAAAACUGUCUCUCCUGAAUAACGAGCGUAUUAUUAACGCUGCUUCCGCUACUUUAAUUGUGUGCUGUGAUUUAGAUCCCGCCCAUAGUGCCCAUGAGCUGACUGAGCUUUCCCUUGCCCAUGGAGUGCCCAAAGAAGAAGCCGAGAUGGCCGAGCGAAUUCUUCCCGUCUUCCUGAAGAAGGAAACCUUUUUUACCCGCAUGAAGGAAGCUUUCACUGGAACUGGCUACAAGGGUGAGCCGAACUCCAUCGAGGGCUGGGCUUACAAGAACUCUGCGUUCUUUAUGCAGCAGUUCGUGAUGCUGGCUCAGAGCAAGGGUUGGGGAACGCUGUACAUGGGCGGAUUCGACGCUCCCAGCAUAAUGAAGGCCUUCGGAAUCCCGAAAACUUACGACGUGUGCUGCCUGAUUUCUGUAGGGUAUCCGGACAAUUCCGAGAAGUACCAUGAGCAUGCCCGCUAUCCUCCUCAGCAAGUGAUCUUUGAAAACGAAUUUGGAAAGCCCAUGGAGACGCCGAUUCACCAAGUGGUUCCGGAUCAUUUUUGGAUGAGCGCUUAUGAUUGUUUGUUGGACAGACUCUAUGGGGUUGUAUAUUGCAGAAGAAUUGGGUGGAGUGGAGUAUUUGGCGGGUGA